CACUCUUGGAUGAAUGCGUGAACGCUUCUACGUCAAACUAUCCAAGAGCGACUUCGCCCUCGAGAAAGUCCAAUUCCUCGGACAUAUCGUAAGCGCUCAAGGAUUUCACGUCGACCCCAAGAAAAUCGAAGCCGUGCGUACGUGGAAGACACCCGAGAAUGUGAAGGAGUUACAGCAAUUCCUUGGCUUUGCUAACUACUACAACAGGUUUGUGCCACAAUACGUGAAAAUCGCCGCGCCACUCACGAAUCUGCUGAAGAAGAACACACCCUAUAAAUGGGAGCCACAACACCAGGAAGCAGUAGAGCAGCUGAAGCAAGCACUCACGUCCGCACCCGUACUCAUCUUGCCAGACCCCGAACGCGACUACGUCAUCGAAGUUGACGCCAGCGACCAAGCAGUGGGAGCAGUCUUGAUGCAAGACCAGGGGAAUGGACAGCAACCAAUCGCCUACCUCAGCAAAAAAUUACACGGGGCAGAACUCAACUCAACUACCCAAUACACGACAAGGAGGCCCUUGCUAUCAUCAUCGCCUUCAAAACAUGGAGAUGUUAUCUCGAAGGACACAAAACAACAGUCUACACCGACCAUUGCAGCUUAAAUUAUUUGAAGACGCAACCAAGCCUCU